UUCAGUUUCCAAUUGAUAGGCGAAGAAGGUGAUCGUUUUUCUUAUAGUAAAACAAGCUUCAUACUUCUAUCAUUUUCAUAUUUUCAUAUACAUUUUACUCAUUUGCGGAAUCAGAAAAAGGAAAAGGGAAAAAAAAGAAGAGGGAGAUGAAGAUUAAAUCUGUUGUAUUAGUUAAUCAAAAUUCUUCAGUUGUCUUCUUCAAUGGUUACUGUAAGCUUCUUAAUUUUCCUUCUCAUUUACCCCUUUUUAAUGGUUAUUCUUCUGAUCAUUAUGCAAAAGAGAAUAUUGAUGUUGUUGUUGAUGAUCCUCAAUUAUUCCUUAAAUAUGUGAGACAUUAAUGCAAGUUAGGGUUUUACAAUAUUGAUCAUCCCAUUUCUCUCUUUGAUGCUAUGAUUUCAUUGCACCCUCUUCCUUCAAUUGUUGAUUUCUGUAUGCUUUUUACAGCAAUGUGUAAGAUUAAACCCCACCCCCCUUUUUCAACUGUUAUCUCUCUCCUCAGCCAACUUCAUCUUUCCGGCAUCCCACCCAAUCUUUAUUCCCUCAACAUCCUUGCCAAAUUUUAUUGUCGCUCCGGUCGUGUUGAUUUUGGAUUCUCUGUUCUAGCCAAGCUGUUGAAGAUGGGACAUUUACCCAGUAUCGUCACUUUCACUACCUUCAUUAAUGGCCUUAUUCAUUCGGUGCUUGAUGAAGCUGUUCAAUUGCUCGAUAAGACUAUCAAGCUUGGCUUCCAACCUACUAUUGUUACCUAUGGGACUAUGCUUAAAGGUCUUUGCAAACGAGGAAACAAUGUUGGUGCUCUUAAGUUGCUUAGGACUAUGGAAUCUAAUGGCCAUUUCCUGCCUGAUGUUGUCAUAUAUAAUACCAUCAUUGAUAGUCUCUGUAAAGACCAGGCUUUACCUCAAGCUCUCCAACUUUUUGAGGAGAUGAAAACCAAGCGCAUUUUACCCAAUGUAUUCACUUAUCAUUCUCUAAUUCGAGGUAUGUGCACUGUGGGGAAGUGGAAAGAUGCUGAAGACAUGUUGACUCAGAUGUUGGACAACAAUAUAGCUGCUAAUGUGGAGACCUACAACAUGUUGAUUGACAUGUAUUGUAAAGAAGGGAUGGUUGGUCAACCUAGAGAUUUGUUUGAGUACAUGAUUGACAAAGGUCAGGUUCCCAAUAUCAUCACUUACAGUGCUUUACUAGAUGGAUAUUGUUUACGUGGUGAGAUGGAAGAGGCAUAAAAGCUAGUUAAUAUGAUGGUAGAACAUGGCUGUGAACCUGAACUUUUUACUUUUAACAGCUUAAUCAAUGGAUAUGCCAAGUCUAAAAAGCUUGAGAUAGCUUUGCGUCUUUUCCAAGAAAUGCCACAUAAAGGACUAACUCCUAAUGUUGUCACAUAUAACACUCUUAUUGAUUCCCUGUGCAAGGACAAUCAAGUACAAUGUGCACGGUAGCUCUUUAGAAUGGAAUCUCAUGGCUUAAAGCCCAACGUAGUCACUUAUAGUUCAUUGAUUGAUGGUCUAUGUCACAAUGCAUUGAUUGACGAGGCAAUACAUUUGUUCAAACACAUGAAGCAUAGUGGUGUGCUCCCCGAUAUCUUCAUGUACACUAUUCUAAUUGAUGGGUUGUGUGAAGCUGGGCGACUUGAAGAGGCUUUGAAUAUCUUUUCCUUUCUAGUAGCCAAGGGGUUACUUCUAAGUGUGCGUACCUACACAGUUCUGAUCAAAGGCCUCUGUAAAAAAGGGCUACUAGCUAAUGCCAACGAGUUAUUGAAGAAAAUGGUAGAUGAUGGAUGUCCUCCAAACGAGUACACCUACAAUAUAAUUAUUAGGGGAUUUCUUCAUGGUAAUGAUAUCAGCAAGUCUUUGGAGCUUGUGAGCAUUAUGACCACCAACGGGUUUGCAGCUGAUGCUCACACUAAUUCGGUAUUUGUUGACUUACUCAUUGAUCCCAGAGUUAGCAAAGAAAACAAGGCAUUGCUUCAGAAGGAGAAAUGAGUAAGUCCUUUGUAGAUGCAUAAGUUUUCAUAGUUAGUCUUAACUCUUACCUCUGUUUAUCAAAUUUCUGAGUGAAAGUCAAUUUAUGGAGGCAGAGAUCUUCAUUUUGAUGGCUUGCGUUCCUUCCCUACACUUGCCCACGUUCAAAUAAAAUGUACUAUCAAUGUAUUUCCUAAAUUUGUUUGCAUUUGUAAAAGUGGAAUAUGUUUAAUCUCACUAGCCAAAAUUGAUUAAGAAACUUUUGUACUAAGAACUAUGAAUAUACUUUCUAGAGCUAGUGGGCAUUAACUUGAUGCUUAAAUUUUCAUCAGUACAAGGAUAGCUGCAUCCUCCUUUCUACACCAUGUUACAGAGUUAUUUACUAGAAUAUACUUAGUGUUUGUGCUAUGUUCUUGAUUGCUUUAGUUCAAGCUACAGGGCGUGAACCUUUGAUUGGAAAUGGAAAUGCAUCUAGUGUUCUGUUUGGCAUUGUUAGAUCCGAAUUAAUGAUGAUGCAGCAAAUUGAAUCCUAGUCGCAGGUGCAAAGAUGUUUUUCAUCACUUUCUUCCUUUUUGCCGAGCUCUUCUUUGAUCUUCUCUCUUAGGCUAUGUUUAGUUCACCUGAAAUUUUCUGAUCUGAACUUAUCUGAUCUGAUCUGAACUUAUUUUUUCUGAUCUGAUCUGAUCUGAACUUAUUUUUUCUGAUCUGAUCUGAUCUGAACUUAUUUUUUCUGAUCUGAUCUGAACUGAUCUGAUCUGAUUACAAGAUCUUAUCUUUUAGAUUUUUCUCAAUAUAUAAGAAAAAAUAUAGUCAUGUGGGGUCUUGUUUGAUUCGUCUCAAUGAGUACUUUAUUAAUAUUCAAUCAUUAUAAUUUUUACUAAUAUGUAAUGAAAAAUAUUUAAUAGUAUAAUGAUUGUUAAAUAUAAGCAAGAUCUGAUCUGAACUUAUUUUUUCUGAUCUGACCUGAUCUGAUUAGAUCUAAAAUAAGCAAAAAUGAGGUGAACUGAACAUAACCUUAAUAUGUAUGAGUUGAUUCUUCAUAUCUUCUUCUUUGUUUAGGAUUUACUGAUUAGAUUCAAUUUUGAGUUUCAUUGAUUUAAAAAAUGAGGCUUACUUGGGAUUCAUGAAAAUAUGGCAUUGGAUAGCAGAGUGGAAGGAGAGAAUCUAUGCUGAUGACAUGACUUUAUUUCUUGUGUUCUACAACAUUUCUCCUUAGAGUGUUUUUACAUAAUCCUAGUGCAUAUACUAUCAUGAAUGGUAGCACUGACGGCCCGUUUGGUAGUUGGUCAUAAAUGGUGGUAAUGGGAAUGAAUUUAUGUGUAAAUUUGUGAAAAAUAUCAUUGUCCAUUUCCAUGGUAAUGCUAAUUUAUCCUAAAAUGUCCACUUUCCUUCUUGAAUUUUCAUUCCCAUCCAAUACCACCUUGUAAGGUGGUAAUGAGUGGAAAUGAAAAUUGCUUCCCCUUGGAGACAAAAACACAAGUUUAGGAGUGAAAUUGAUUGCUCAUGGAGAAAAAAUGUCUCCCCAUGGAGAUUUUAAAGGUGAUUCCCUAAUAAAAUUACACUUAAAAUUCAUUCCCAUUACCGCAAUUUAUUAACGUCUAUCAAACGGGCCGUGAGAACAGUUAUCGUUUCCCUAGGACCAAUUCUUAUACUUUUAGUAGCAGUUCUGUCGAAUCAGGUUCUUCUGGCUUGACGAGAUUGCAAAACCUUGGAAAUACAUGUUUUAUGAACAAUGCACUUAUGUGCCUAGCACACACAUCAAAACUUGUCUGCUAUUUUAGCAAGAAUUUCCAGGAACAUUUCGUUUCUGAGCAGAAGAGUCGUUCAUGGAGAUUACAAUAACGAAAUUGAUCAUGACAAUCCAUUGGGGUGACCGCUGAUAUAUGUCUCUUUUUCCAUCAACAGACUCUAAUCUGCUUGUUUUUUUCUAUGCUGAAGUUAUAAAUAUUGUGAAAAUAAUGUUUCUACCUUCUCUCUACGGUGAGAUUGCUUUGGCUUUUGGAGAUGUAAUUUGGAAGUUGUAAGCUCCUGGUGCGACUCCAGUAGCACCACAGACAUUUAAAUUGAAGCUCUGCCGUUUUGCUCCUCAAUUUAGUGGCUUCAAUCAGCAUGAUCACAAGUUAGUAUAUAUGGCGUUAUAUCCGGAAAUUUUUGGCAUCUCUUCUUCUCAUUCCUCCUACUUCAAUUAAGUGAUAAUUUGAAGAAUAAAUCAUUCUUGAUGGAGGAUUUUAAUGAAUUUGAACAUAUAAGAAUUUCUAGCUUUUUUGUUGGACGGACUCCAUGAAGAUCUGAAUCGCGUGAAGUUAAAGCCUUAUGUUGAAGCUUAGGAUGGAGAUGGUCAACCAGACGAGGAUGUAGCUGAUGAGCAUUGGCGGAAUCAUUUAGCUCCGAAUGAGACUAUCAUUGUUGAUAUUUAUCAAUUAUCGAUGCAAGAUUAGAUGAUAGUCUACAAUAACGAGAAAACUAUGAUCGGAUGGGGAUCGUCCAACUUUCGAAAAAUUUCACAAAAGGAAGGCAGCGCAGUUGCAUUAUGAAGGUUAUAUCUGUGGAUAGCUUUGUAAUUGUUUGAUAUGUAAAAAGUUUACUGAACAAUACAAGAUGGCAGGCAUUAGAAGUUGUAAGUAGACAUUAUUCUUGUCAUGUAUAUAAGUAUAUUAGAUUCAUUAUAUUAACAUUGUUGUGUUGGGGGAAAAAACACUUCUUAUUAUGU